AUUCGAUGCGCAAAACAAUCUUAUAAAUACUAUCAAAAACAAUAACACAGUAUUCAAGAGUCAAGGUCUGUUGUAGACGAGCGCGGUUUGGAAAGCGCAGUUUUUUCUGAACAAAUAUCCUGGAUGGUGUGCGAUUUUUUUACUGCAUGGUAUCCAAGUGGAUUAUGUGCUGUGUAUCAGGUGCAAAUAUUGGGCAUCGUAAUUGGUAAUCCGACAGCAUAAUUGGAUGGCGAUAAACGUGAUUGUUGACAAUAUUGUCAAGUCUUAGCCCAGGAAACUGUGCUCGAAUGAUGUGAUCUUCCUUAUCCAAAAGUGAAGCUCAGCGAGCAACAAGAAGCGAGCGGAUUCACAGGAAGCUUUUGCGCAAAGUGCACUAACCGGCAGUUAACUAAGCUAACUUUUGGAGUUGUUAUUUAAUUAGGACCGGAGGACAUGAAGAAAGUUGACUUUUUUACGCCGAUCGUGCUCGUCCUGCUCGUGUACGAUGUGGAAGCCAAAGUGUUCACCAAAUGCGGCCUCACAAAGGAACUGUUGAAUAAUGGAUUUGAGCGAAGUUAUGUCGGGAAUUGGGUCUGCAUGAUUGAAAGCGAAAGUGCAAAAAACACCUCCAAAGUGACUGAGAGGGCCGACAGAAGCAAAUCGCUGGGAUUGUUCCAAAUCAACGAUAAAGUUUGGUGUAAAUGGGGGGCUGCUGGCGGCAAAUGCCAAGUCAAAUGUGAAA